CAACGGUGAAGAUGGAGCCAGAGGGUGAAGACCUGGAGAAUGACAACUUGGACCCCUGGUCAGGUUCAGAGGGUUCCCAGGAACUUGGUGUCUCCGAAUCUUUGGCAGAGUCCUACAAUGAAGAGGAUGGUAGCGAGGCAGAGUAUCCUCUGGAACCACAGACAGCUCGCACCCCUGACUCCCCGGAUCGCUUUCAGCCUGAUGGGUGGCAAUCUGAUGGUGAACAACCUGAAUUUAGUGGAAGUGAAGAGGAAGCUUCGUAUCGAGAAGAGGAUGACAUGUACUUAAGUGAUUCAAGAGAGUCAAACAGAGAAUCUCCCGACAUCCAGACCUCACAAACACCCCUGUCCUUGCAACCAGAGUGUCCAGACUCCGAGCCUCGCCCGGGGCAAAUAUCGAGCCCGCAUUCCCACUCCUCCUCCUCCGCUCUUGGUUCCACCACUGGUAUGACCCUGGCCUUGACCCUGACCGCUGAAGAACCGCAGGGAGCCAGUAAUAGGCAGGACCCAGCGACUGAAAACAGGAGGGUUGAAUCUUCAGAGGAAGGAGGGAGCAGUGAAGCACCUCCUGUUUCUGUCUUCUUUGGAAUUUCAGAUGAGGGUGCUGAGCAGGCAGACAAGUGGAACUCAGAGUCUGACACAGAUCUGUGCAGACCGGACCGCCACGGGGUAAGGUACACACGGCUCACUCACAACGAGAGCCAAUCAGAAAGGCAUGUCAAGGAAACAAAGUCUAAAUGUAAGCGAAUUGCUCGACUUCUGACUGACGCGCCCAAUCCUCAAAAUAAGGGAGCCCUGCUAUUCAAAAAACGGCGCCAGAGGGUGAAGAAGUACACGCUUGUGAGUUACGGAACUGGUGACAACAAGCUUGACAGUGAAGACCAAAUCGAAGAAGAAACUGAAGAAGUUCAAUCUGCUGGGUACAACUUCGUGGCUACAAGUGAUUCUGAGCUCGAGGAGCAGUAUUCCCUUUAUCACCAGCAGCAAAACUUGAGUCUGAAUUGGAGAAGUGUUCGAGAAAUGGAAGCACUGCCAGACACAAAGGGCAAGGGCGUGUUGAUGUUUGCACAACGGCGCAAACGGAUCGACGAAAUUGUGUCAGAACACGAAGAAAUGAGAAGUAAAGGAUUGCCUGCGCAGGUGUUCGUGGGUCCUGAAUGUGCAGAAGUGCCUAAUAUUUAUGACAGUAAGGAAAUGUACGCACAAGGUGGUCAGGCUAACUACAUGGAUGUAAAUCUCAAGCAGCAUUUGGACUACCAAGAAGAAAUUCAACAGCUGAAUCACCUGUCCAAUGUCCAGAAGCCCUUGGUGCCGAACAGAACUGCAAAGCCCUUCUUAGGAUUUCAGAAGCGCUCAACUGCUCCAGUUAUGGCCGCCAAUGACGUUCCAGCAACAAGGAAGUACGAUGCCAGAUUUAAAGUGCCGGUACCUAUCACCACUAACCCUCAGGUUUGGUCUCCGACUGGCGACAUCAUUGCCUCCAGAGAUGAGCGGAUAUCGGUGCCAGCCAUCAAGACCGGCAUCCUGCCAGAGCCAAAACGGAAACACUCAAACAAGCAGGCAUCAAUGCUGGCGAAAGAAUCACAGCUUCAUCUUCAAAACAGAGGGGAAAGGAAAUCUUUUAUUGAGUCUGAGGAGGACUGUUUUAGUCUAGGUGCUGAAGCUUGUAAUUUUAUGCAACCCAGAACAAUCAAACUGAAGAAUCCCCCUCCAGUUGCUCCGAAACCUGUUAUCAACCCAUUAUGCCCACCCUGGAUAAGGAGAAGUCCUUCUUGUGAACCCUACAUUCCUCCAAGAAGUCCGAUUUCACUACCUGCCCAGAGUCCAGUGGGGCCCAAUAGUUCACAUUACUUACAGCAGGAUGACUGGGCCCAGCCUCAACAGAUGGCCGGUCGUUGGGCACCAGAUCAAACUCCGGCAGCACUUCAAACACCUGCCAAUACCUGGGCUCCAGUCAACACCGCCUCUCAGCUUCAUCUUCAGCCUUCCACAAAUAGCUGGAGUCAACAGCAACCGCGAUCCCCAGUGAGUAUGCAGGCCUGCAGUCCAACUCAGAGCCCAUAUUACCCUCCGUCGCCCUCAAGAAAUAAGUUUGACAGCACUCCGAACUCCAUUGCCUCUUUCCCACCACAAGCAGGGAAGUCAUACGCCAGUUCAUCAAAAGCAUUGCCGGUGUCUCCGGUGGCAAACAGAGGAAUUAAUCGGAGUAGUGAUGGUUCAACUUUGGCGGGGAAAGGUGCUGCACUGUUUGCCAAAAGACAGUCCCGUAUGGAGAAGUUUGUUGUUGAUUCAGACUCAGUACAAGUUAGCAAACCCAGGUCCCCUUCUCCAACCUCUUCUCUCCCCAACUCAUGGAGAUAUUCAUCCAAUAUCCGUGCUCCACCUCCAUUAUCAUACAAUCCCAUUCUUGCUCCUUUCUACCCUCCCUCGGCAGCCAAGCAGCACACCUCCACAAGCCCCAAAAUCAAGCCCAAGACCAAAGAGAAGUCUAGAUCUGUCCCCAAGCAUCUCAACACCUUAGAUAUUAUGAAACAUCAGCCUUAUCAGUUGGACUCGGCACUCUUCAAGUACGGUGCAAUCCCAGAUGCCAAAAGUCCCAGCCCUAAACCCACCCAAGUGUCUAAGUUUGAAGUUAUCAAAAACCUCAAACAAAAAUCUUCCCCCUCUUAUUCUCCUUAUAAAGCCUCUGGGCCUUCAGUUCAGAGUGCCGCAGAUGCCCAUGCUAAGUCUGCUGGAUCGGUAAGUCCCCCAAGUUUUUCUGGCCAGAGCACAAGAUCAGCUGAGCCUCCUGUGGCUGACAAACACUUGGAUGAAAAGCUUGCUGAAACACUUGCAGCUCAUCACCUAAGCAACAAGCAGGCGCCAGGCUCCCGUCCGGCAAGCACCACCUCGCAGUCCUCCUCUGCCGCUGACAGCAUAGCUUUAGCUUUCUCUCCGGCGUCUCUCAUUGCUCGGGGCGUACGUCAAAUGGCUCCUCGGCCAAAGUUCUCCGCUAAGAAGCCAGUGAUGACAAGUAAACAGAGGAAGUCUGUUGCUGUGCUGCGUUAGUGGUGACAGUCUGGUGCAGCUGCAGCAGAUGAUCACAUCUGUAACCUGGUAGCACAUUCUAUGUCUUAUAUUGAACAGACAGAAAGAAAAGUCCUUUGCACUAAACAUUGGCCUCAUCCAAAAUGAUUUGAAGGAUGGUGCUACAGAAACACAUUGAUGUGAAUAAUAAAGCUGAAUGUAAAGAAAAUCAAUUGUAGAAAAACAACAACCAAUAAUAAUAUUAAUAAUAGCACACAGUAUUUACUUCAAGUACUUACUUGGAAGAUUUAAAAAAAGAAAAAAAUCAAGGAAAAGUGAGACAAUGUAAUGUUGAAAUAUUCUCAGGAAGUGCUACAGAAUGUGCAAUACUAUGAGCAAAAAGCCUGAAACAAUUAAGUCCUGUAGUUUUUAGUGUUGUACUCUUUUGUAAGAAAUGUGUAUGUUGCAGAAAAACCACUGGAAACCAAAACAAUGCAAAAACAAGUAUAUUCCUUGAUUACAAAUAAAUCAAACACAUUUGUAUUGAUUCUGGCAUCUGGGAUUACAGUGACUCAUGUGUACUAUCAUAUUACUAAAUACCUGUAAUGAUUUAAUGUGUUUGGGGGGAGGGGGCAAAAAAAAAAAAAACCCUUUGCACUUCAUUUGGGUGAACAGAAUUUUCAAUUCCUUCAGUCUCAUUCCAGACUUUAAUGGUAUCACAACAGCUCAAAGCAUUCAUGUUGGUUGUGAUUAUUUAUCCAGAUGACUUUAAAAUGUCUGCAAUCACCAUUUAUGGCCAGUCACUCAGCCGAAGUCAUCUGAUUUCAUGUGUCAGCCUUGAUGAUAUGAGCAACAUUUCUUUGUGAUUUUAAUGUUCUCCUUCUUGCUUGCAUCAUUAGCAGCAGCUGAAAAUGGAAACGUGAAUACCUGUCUUGUUUUACUUCACACCCUGUCUUUCUGUCAUAUCACUGUUUGCACUACUUGUACUCAGCACAACCAGGCUAUUAAAUUUCUCUU